UUAAAUACAAAAUCCUUGAAACACUUCUUUAUCAGCUUAAUUUCAAUUUAAAAUUAGGCUUUAAAAGCAUAUCAUUCUUAUACAAUAAAGAGUUGACAUGCACCGGUUACAAGAUGGCACUUAGCACUCCUUCGCCCGCCCUUCAAUUCACAAAAAAACACAUCACAGGCCCCACCACAAGGGAAGAGAUUAUUGCGUCUCUGCAUGCGGUGUCCGAUCAUGACCGUAGAUCACGGUGGCACCCACCAAAAUACAUCGAAACCGUAGAUCAGGUGAUCUACGGGAUCGGUCCGUAUGUAUUAAUUUUUCCCACAACAAGGGAGGACCAAAUCACCACCCCUGACUCCUUCCAAUCCUUGCGUUGACGAAAACCAAGCAUACCAAUUCUACGGCUUCUUCCUCAAUUGCAAACCCUUUCCCCAAAACAACUUAAGAAAAGCUUCCUUUCCACUGGCACCAAGCAAUGGCUUCUUCUUCUUCUUCUUCUUCUUCUUGUCUAUUGUUCAUCUUCGUCUACCUAGUGCUCCCGACUGCAACCUCCCUCUCUUUCAGCUUCCCCUCCUUCAAUUCAUCCACGGAGCAGUUCAUCGCCUUCCAAAACGACACCUUUUUGAACGGCGCCAUCAUUCUCACCAAAAACGAGUACAAUUCCGAAAUCACCGGAAGCGUGGGCAGAGCCUACUACAGAACACCCAUCCCACUCCACGACUCCACCACCUGCAAGUCCGCAGACUUUACCACCCACUUCUCCUUCACCAUCAACGCCUUCAACCAAUCCUACUCCGCCGACGGCCUCGCCUUUUUCCUCUCCCCCUUCCCCUCCGUCGUCCCCCCCGACUCCGCAGGUGGAUCAAUGGGCCUUGUCGAAAGAAACAACACCCUCAACGAAUCCGCCAACCGAAUCCUCGCCGUCGAGUUCGAUACUUACAAGAACGAUUGGGAUCCCAACGCCAACCAUGUUGGCAUCAACAUCAACUCUAUGAAGUCAGCUGCAACCGUCACGUGGAACAGCAACAUCAAGGAUGGCCGGAAAGCGAACGCUUGGAUCAGUUACAACGCCACCACCAUGAAUCUCAGCGUUUUAUUGACUUACGACAAUAAACCAAACUUGGAGGGAAAGUCCAGCCUUUACCACAUCGUUAACCUCAGCAAGAUCCUCCCGGAGGAGGUCGCCAUUGGGUUCUCGGCAGCAACAGGGUCGUCUGCGGAGACGCACAGUAUUCUGUCAUGGGAGUUCAGUUCUACUCCCAUGAAUGUUGGGAAGAAGAAAAGAGUUGGUUUGAUCGUAGGAAUAAGUGUUAGUACAGGCUUACUCUUGGUAGCUGCAAGCUUCCUCUGGUACUUUCUACGGAGAAAGAAAAAAGCUGGCGACUUGAAAGAAGAAGAAGACGAUGCUGAAGAUAUAGACGAGGGUGAGUUUGAGAAGGGCAGAGGGCCGAAAAAAUUUCCCUUUGGACAGCUCGCGGCGGCGACUAGGAACUUCGCCGACGAGCUCAAGCUCGGACAAGGGGGGUUCGGCGGCGUAUACAGGGGAUUACUUGCAGAUUCCAAGCUCGAAGUUGCUAUCAAAAGAGUUUCAAAAGGUUCGCAACAGGGGAAGAAAGAGUAUAUUUCUGAGAUCAAGGUCAUCAGCCGCCUCCGCCACCGCAACCUGGUGCAGCUCGUCGGAUGGUGCCAUGAGAGGAAGGAGCUCCUCCUUGUCUAUGAGUUCAUGCCCAACGGCAGCCUAGAUUCCCAUCUUUAUAGCAGAGAUAGAACCAGAUAUCUGUCAUGGCACUUGAGGUUUAAGAUUGCAGUGGGGCUUGCAAGCGCUCUGUUAUACCUGCAUGAGGAAUGGGAGGAAUGCGUGGUUCACCGGGACGUGAAGCCCAGUAAUGUAAUGCUCGACGGCCAUUUCAAUGCCAAGCUCGGCGAUUUUGGCCUGGCAAGGCUAGUUGACCACGAGCGGGGAUCGCAGACGACGAUGCUCGCUGGAACAAUGGGUUACCUAGCGCCGGAAAUCGUUACUACCGGCAAAGCCAGCAAGGAAACCGACGUCUAUAGCUUUGGAGUGGUGGCGCUCGAGCUCGCAUGCGGCCGGCGGCCCGUCGAACACGAUCGGACGGAAGAACAGGCCUGGCUUGUUUCGUGGGUGUGGGAGCUGUAUGGGAGAGGGGUGAUGCUUGAUUGCGCCAACGAGCGGCUGAACUCGGAGUUCGACGAAGGGGAGAUGUCGAGGCUUAUGAUCGUUGGGCUGUGGUGCUCGCACCCGGACAGUGCGUUACGGCCAUCGAUAAGGCAGGCCAUGGCUGCGCUUAAGCUUGAAGCUCCGCUACCGGAGCUGCCGGGGAAGAUGCCGGUGCCGACGUACUAUGCGCCGCCGCUCGAGAUGUGCAGGUUUACUUACACUUCCUCGUCCGGCGGUAUGUCCAGUGAUUAUAACACCAACAGCUCGGAUGCGGCUUCGUCGGCUGCAGCUGAUUCGUCGCCGACGGCUGCCAGAAGCGAAGUCCAAAUCACCACAUUUGGCUCCACCUUCAUGCUCCGGAUCAAAGACAAAGCAUCCUUUAUCCUCCCUGAAUUCGCAAACAGGUCGACCAUACAGCCAUAAUGGUGAAUUCCUGGCUCAAAACCAAAUUCAUUCACCAUGUUGCAGAAGCAAUUAUAACCAGCCUCAACCAAACCGGCAUGACGAAAUGCAUU